AUGUAUCUUUCUUAUAAACUAGGAUUAAAAAAGGACAAGGAAUACAACUUCCACAUACGGGCCAAGAAUCUUGAAGGUUUUAGUGAGUCUAGUGAUGUGAUUGGUCCCAUAACUCCCAAGCCCAAAUACACCAAGGUUUUGCCACCUGGUGUACCAGAGGCUGUCAACAAUUCUAUAACUUAUCUGAAAUGGGAACCACCUAAACAUAAUGGUGGCUGUAAAAUUACAGACUACCUUGUGGAAGAGAGGUUUAAGGGAGCAGAGAUGUGGUGUAAGUGUAAUGAGUACCCCUGCACUGACCCCUCUUUACUGUCACCGAUCUUCCUUAGGACUCAGAGUGGGAGUUUAGAGUUACAGCUGUUAACUUUGCUGGAAACUGUGAGCCCAGUCUGUGCUCACCAGCAUACAAAAUCCAGGAGAAGAUUGAGUCUUUUGCAAUUGAGCAGGAUGAGGAAUCGCACCAAUCAUUUGUAA